AUGACAUUAGCUACUCAACCAAUUAUCUUUUAUAUCAAUGCUGCAUUGUUUGAUUGCGACGGUACCUUAGUCAACUCAACUGGUGCCAUCUCUGAAUUUUGGAGAGAUUUUGCACAAACCAGACCUCAUGUUAACCCAGAAGAAAUCAUUAGAACUUCCCAUGGUGUUAGAACAUUUGAUGUGAUUGCCAAGUGGUCUCCAGAAGAUGCCAUUCCAGAAAAGGUUACUGCUAUGGAAGCUGCUAUUCCCGAUUCCUUCGGUGAUAAGGCUAAACCCAUUGUUGGUGCCGUUGAGUUGGUCAAAACUUUAGAUAAAUUCUCUAAAGAAGAAACACAAGACGGUAAACAAAGAUGGGCCAUUGUUACUUCCGGUACUUACCCCUUAUGUACAAAGUGGUUGAAGUUGUUGACUAUCACCAAACCAGAUACUUUUAUCACUGCUGAAAAAUGUUCUAAAGGUAAACCAAACCCCAUGGGUUAUCAAAUUGCUAGAAAUGAGUUGGGUUACGAAAACCCAGCCAAGAAGGUUGUUGUUUUCGAAGAUGCCCCAGCUGGUAUUGCUUCUGGUAAGGGUGCUGGCGCCAUGGUCGUUGGUAUCUGUUCAACAUAUGGUCCAGAGAAAGUGAAGAAUGCUGGUGCCGACAUUGUUGUCGAUGACUUGAGCUCUUUCAAGGUUGAAGAAUACAACCCUGAAACAGAUGAGUUCAAGAUUCUGGUGACUGACUAUCAUUAUGCUAACCCUGAAGUGUUAGCUUAA